CCCCAGCAGGCAACCGUUUGUACUCUUUGGCACCCACUCAUCCAGAGAAAAUCUGAAUUCGGGCAAUUUCAGCUUCCCCUCGGAAGGGCACCUGCUUCGCAACACGGGCCUGGCUGGCAGCCUCGCCAAGCACAUGGUGGUGCAGUGUGUCUCUCCCAAGGGGCCCCUGGCUUGUUCCAGGACCUACUUCUUCGGUGCCACUCACACUCCUUACCUUGGGAAUGGCGAUGGAUUGGAAAAGAAAACGGAAGAAGUGUAAGUUUUAAAAAAAUAUCCCUUAUGAUCCCCUCUAAGCAUCUCUUGGCUGAGCGGAACAACCUGUAAUGCAUGCCAGUUGUGGUUGUGCACCGUACACAAUUGCAGUUUGAAUGCUUUUUUUUAUUUCUCACUCAAGAGACUUUG